AACCAGGAACUCGUGCUCAGUCUCCACCCCAAGACGGGGCGGGUCCUGUCGGCCGGGACGAGGGUGUGGCAGCCGCAGUAGACUCACAGCCGGUCUCCGUACGGGAGGAGCUUCUGCCAGGGUGACUGAACUCUUAGCGUGACCUACAGCCAUGGCAACCAAAGGAGGAACCGUGAAAGCUGCCUCGGGAUUCAAUGCAGUUGAAGAUGCCCAGGUCCUGAGGAAGGCCAUGAAAGGACUUGGUACGGAUGAAGACGCCAUCAUCGGAGUCCUGGCCUACCGCAACACUGCCCAGCGUCAGGAAAUCAGGACUGCCUACAAGAGCAGCAUCGGCAGGGACCUGAUUGAGGACUUGAAGUCGGAGCUGAGCAGCAACUUCGAGCAGGUGAUUGUGGGGAUGAUGACGCCCACCGUGCUGUACGACGUGCAGGAGCUGCGGAGGGCUAUGAAGGGAGCUGGCACAGAUGAGGGCUGUCUGAUUGAGAUCCUGGCUUCUCGUACCCCCGAGGAGAUCCGUCGCAUCAACCAGACGUACCAGCAGCACUAUGGAAGGAGCCUUGAAGAGGACAUCUGCUCGGAUACCUCCUUCAUGUUCCAGCGAGUACUGGUGUCCCUGACGGCGGGAGGCAGGGAUGAAGGGAAUUACCUGGAUGAUGCGCUUAUGAAGCAGGACGCCCAGGACCUGUAUGAGGCUGGAGAGAAGAGAUGGGGAACAGAUGAGGUGAAAUUCCUGAGCAUCCUCUGCUCCCGGAAUCGGAACCAUCUGUUGCAUGUGUUUGAUGAGUACAAAAGGAUCUCACAGAAGGACAUUGAACAGAGCAUAAAAUCGGAAACAUCUGGUAGCUUUGAAGACGCCCUGUUGGCUAUAGUGAAGUGUAUGAGGAACAAACCCGCGUAUUUUGCUGAACGGCUUUAUAAAUCCAUGAAGGGCUUAGGCACUGACGACAGCACCCUCAUCAGAGUGAUGAUUUCUCGAGCAGAGAUUGACAUGCUGGACAUCCGGGCAAACUUCAAGAGGCUCUACGGAAAGUCUCUGUACUCUUUCAUCAAGGGCGACACUUCCGGAGACUACAGGAAGGUUCUCCUCAUUCUCUGUGGAGGAGACGAUUAAAACAAGACCCAGGACAGAAGGAUUCUUAACACUGAUUUUUUUUUUUAACUUCAUUUUUCUGCACUGCUAUUAACAUUAUCUCAAAUGCUUAUUUCCAAUUAAAACGCCUCCAGUUGCCUCCUAUGAUCCAGACUGUGUUAUUAUCAUCUAUAAUUAGUCGUUUUGAUGCCUUAAACCUGUACUUUCAAAGUUUUUAAGACCUAAAUGGAGAUUUAGAAUUAGAAAUUAGAAUGUGCUCCACGUCUUUAGCUGAUUAUUUCCCCAUUUGUGUUUUUGCAGAGAUUGAAUGCACUAAAUCCUUUUGGAUUUUUUUUUUUUCAGUAAGAAUUUUACAGGACAGAAGCAUUUCUCUUCCCUGAGCAGCCAGUCAUUUCUUCAUGUGGGACCCAGGGCAUCUGUUACUGAGAAUUUCCAUCCGGUUUCCUAUUUUACACAGUUGUGGACUGAAGUUCUCAUGGGCCUCCUUUCUUUGGCUUUGUCUAUCAUGUUAGCUGAGAGUGUGUUUGGUGUGGCAGGAUUCAUCUCCUCCAGCACUGAGACCACUUUCUCCCCAAGAAGUGCAGCAAAGUUACCAACUCAUUAAACAAGUUCAAUUUCAAGUGUGGUUAAACAGAGCCCAUGUGUCUGGUUAUCACUCACACUGAGCAUUCCGAAGUCAGAAUGCUAAGACUAUCCUAAUCUUGCCUGAAAGUGAUGAGAAAGAGCAAGGUUUGUCUGAGGUUCUUCUGGUAUGUGAUGCUCUGGGUUGUGGUCAACCUAAGGGAAAUUUUUUUUUCUGCUAAAAAUAGUCCCUUUAGAUUAUUGAUUUGAUUCCCACUGUGCCUUUUUGAUUUUAUAGUCAUUCAGAAAUGGUGCUUUGCAUGUAAUCAUGGAGUUUGGUUUGUAUACAAUUCGAGAAAUUUUUAAUUAAAAAUGGUGACUUUAAAGGGA